AAGCUUCGAGUGCAAGUGAUGGAUCACACUGGCUUUAUAUCUUUGUUGCCUUGGGAUCGUGAAGCAACAAGUCUCAUUGGGAAGUCUGCUAAUGAGUUAAAUGAAAUUUCAAUUGAGGCUUCUACUGUUAUUGAUGAGUGUUCUUAUCCAGUGGAGUUGUAUGAUAUUCUUGACAAAAAAGUCCUAUUUAAAGUGACUGCCAAGAGCUCCAACAUUAAAGUGCAUGCGGAAGUUUAUAAUGUUGUUAAAAUCAGCGAGGACGAUAACCUUAUACAUCAAUAUAGUCAAUUUGCACAAGAUGAUACAUUCACUGACCCUGAUUUUGAGUGUCAACAACACACUGAUGCAGACACAACUUUCAAGGAUUCAAUGGCUGAAAAUGAUAUGACUUCUCCUGCAAAUACCCCUGCCAAAAGAAGUAGAGAAGAGGAUGGAUCAUCUGUAGUAGAUGUUGGUGAUGAUCUUGCACAAUUUUCAAGUAACAAGCUUAAAAAAGUGAUCAAACAGGAGAAAAAUCCGUAAAUUGAAACAUUUACUUUUGGGAUUAUGACUUUAAUCGUACUAUUUCAUUAGCAAGUACUUUGGAACAAUUUCAAGUAGUUUGGUUUGUAUUUUAAUUUGGUUUCUACCAUUUAGGAUCAUGAUUUAAUAUCUGAAAUUACUUGACUCUUUGUGAUAUGAACUUCACUUAUGUCAGAAG